AUGACGGUGCUACACUGUAUGUGCGCUGCCCAAGGCCUUCAGGCAUCAAACCACGUGAGGGCGGCGAUAAGCGGUGUGGUUAUCGCCUCACGGCUUUAUUAUCUAAUCGCAGCUUGGCUCAUCGCCUCGUCAGUCAGUCAGUCAGUCGGUCAGCAGCCCAUCUCCGCAUUCCCUUCUCCUCACGCAUCUCAGGGGUUUGCUGGUUUCCAGUCUCGAUGUCUGGGAGGACUUAUUCGAUGUGCUGAAGGCCUAUGGUUCUUCUUUCCCUCCCUUAUCUCGUGUUGA